UGUCCUUCUCACACCAGAAGCGAGGGCAUAUAAGGUGGGAUGUUCUGGCCUCAGCUUCAUCAGUACCAAACAUACACGACAAGUCCGCCAAGCCAGCAGGUUUAAGGUCGGCCGUCAUGAGUCUUACUAGGAUGCAUAUUGCCGCAUUCCUACUGGUGCUCGGACUCUGCUACGCGGAAAACGCCGGAAACAGAGAGAUCAAGGUGAACGACUCCCUCGCUAUCGAACGUCCCGUUAUCGACGAUGCAGGUGGCGGUAGUACGGAAGAGGAACUGGCCGACGCCGAGCGGAGCUUGCCGAUCUUACCUCCGUUAAUACUUCUGGAUUUCGAUAAUGACACGACCAACGAUAACGCGACUGCCGAUGAGAAGUCGAAGCGUACAGUAAACAAUGGUCUUGGUUACGGCUUCGACCGGAACUCAUUGCACUCCCCGCGGAAAUAUAAUUACUACUUUCCCGCCGGGAAAACCGGAACCACCGUAAGCAUAGAGGAGUCCAUCAGUCCGUUCCUUCCUAGGACCAUCAUUGAGAGAGUACAGUCGAAUCAGAAACCGAUCUCCGAAUCGCACGAGAACUCCAGGCAGCGAGAGUCCUUCAGGGCCAGCCCGAUCGAUUCAGCGGCCCAUCUACGAAGUCAUACCUUUCAAUAUUAUAUACCCGCGGCGAAGUCUCAAUCGAUAUUCGGACUGCGGACAAAAUUGACGAAAACAUCCAAUUCUGAGCCUUACCAAGGAUAUUCUUCGACCAUAAGACCCUCCGGCGAGACUUACUCGAACGAAGACUACCGAAACGGCGUAUAUGCCUCAACUACAUCACAAUCCUUGGUGUACAGUCCUACGGAAGAGACAAAUUACGUUACUCCGAGCCCGCAGAGUUACACGGCCUCCACCCCAAGCGCAUACACUUAUGUCACACCGAGCCCAACGAUGUACGAAACUGAAGAGCACUCUCAGAGAUACUUAGGACAAGGUAGCCAACAAACGAUAAACUUGCAGGGAUAUUCCAGAACGGCGCAAGGUAUAGCGGAGUCUUCGACACCCAAUCCCGAGGGCGUCACUUUCCUAAAGAACGUAGACGUUCAGGCGAGGACGAGUCCUCGGAGUUACGCUCGACCAGGCUUGAACGCGGUGGAACCAACUGCUUCUGGACCCACGGAUGUAUCUGAUUAUGCGGAAGGCGCUAGUCCGUUCCCUAAUCUGCCUAGAUACACGGUGGAAAAUGGCGUUAGGUACGAGAACAAGAUAUUCUGGAAGUACCCAGACGGCAGGGUAUCCGACGUCCCGCCUAUGACGUAUGAAACGUACUCGGAGUACCCGUCAUUAGCGGCCUUACAAGCUGCCAAGUCUCAGGAAACAUCGUCUAUUUAUGAAUCUGUCUCCACGGAGAACAGCGUGCUUUCUCAGGGUCCCGUGCAAUUCCCGAUGGCGCCGGAAAGUAGCGCGCCGCCGAGUCCCUUCAUCUCAGCUGAAUCUCUAUCGAGAUUACCGCAGCAGCAAGUGUAUAGGCUGGGCUACCAGAACCUCCUAGGACAAAAGCAGAUUGUUGCGCAACAGGCCAAAGCAGGUAGCGGAGUGUCGCCCGCGUAUACGAUCACUUCGACAACUCCUUCGCCACCGAGAAACUCCUUCAGGAUGAAUAGGAAGAAGGGUCGAUAUGAAUCGACGGUGCCUCGUCCUAUCUCGAGGUACAUGGUAAACAGUCCGAAUCCAGAGUACACCGACUCUCGUACCACACAGAGUACUCCUGGCACGACAUCCACUACUUUCUUCGCCCAGACAGCUGCAACUAACCUGUCUAAGAAGACCAACACUGGCGGAAAGAAUUUGGGGGGCUACUCGAACUUGCAAUACUCGGAUCUUUUGAACUAUAAUCCAUCAAUCUCGCAGUACAUCAAGAAUCCCGCGUCCAUCCUCAACGUGCAGCCCACCUUUGUACAAGCUGGAAACUCUUUGAUACCCGUCAUUAUCUUAAGAGUGGAUGGCGUACCUCCUAUACCAAAGUCCAUACCGAAUGUGAACUUGAAGGCACUCUUGCAGCAGUACCUCGUUCAGUAUGCCAACAGUAUCGAGGAAUUAGCGCGGCCCACUAAUUAUGAUCUUGGCGAUGAUCAGCUCACGAAAAAUCAAAAUUCGUUUUCUAUAAAUCACCUACGAGAACUGGCGCGAUUGACACAAAACGCUGGCCAAGAUCUGAUUGGUAAUCCAACGGAAUCUUACCUUGGUAGAUCGAGUUAUGAGACGAGCAACUUGAAUGCCGAGAAUAGUCUCUCUAGCGGGAAAUAUGGUCAGCGCACUGCGGCAAGGCCGAAAGUGAAGAGCGUGCAGAUCGUGGAGGAUCCGAGAUUCACGAAUUACAGGGACAAAAACUGAAUCGCACGUAAUCGGUAUAAAGUAGAAAGCUAUGGAUAGAUAUCUUAACUUUCAUGUCCUGUUACUUAAUUCGCGCGCUUCAGAAAGAGCAAAAAAAGAUUAUUGUUCUUUUAAAAAUUUAUUAUCACGUUAUCAGUAGACGUUAGCAUAUAUAUUGCGAUUGUAAAAAUAGAUGAUUUCUAAAAAAUGUGAGAAAUUCAUUAUUUUAACUUUUAUAUAUAUAUAUAUAUUUUUUUUUUUUUUUUUAAGAAAUUGUAGCAUAAUACAUACAUAUUAAUAUAACAAAUUUGUAUAAGUAAAUAAUUGACAACACGAAGGAGCAUGAAAGUUAAGUGGGAACGAUAGAUCUAUGUAACGAUACGACAUUGGCUACUGGCACUGAUAUCACUAAUGAUACCCGGAAUAUUUUUUAAGAGUAUCUUUUCUUUUGUGCACUUUUAUAUCUAAUAUGCGAACUCUACAAAGUAUUAAAUAAUUAUUAUUUACAUUGAAUAUGGCACACAUCAUCACUUCGGUCUCGCGUAUGAGACGCAUCGUGCCAUGAAACAAGUUAAGAAAAUGAAAGGCGACAAUCAAUAAUAAUUAGCGAUAUGAGAUAGUAUUUAAUGUGGGAUUGUGCAAUGUAUUAUUAUGUUUACAAUAAGUACCUGCGCUACUGAUUUACUGAAAACCUGUGGAGUCUGUUGGGAUUAAUAACGCCAACCGUUUUCGAUAAAGCAGUAGUAACCGAAGCAGACUUGUGCUUCGCGAACGCGUACCUAUUAAAAAUUAGCCAAAUUUCCACACUUCAGAAAGGUACCUUAUAAAUCUUAGCGUUUAAGGCCUCUACGAGAAUUAAGGUAAUCAUAACUUGUAUACUGCAUAUUGUAAGCAAUAAAAAAUGCCAGUAAAGAAGAUUCUUUUAAUAGAAAUUAAGUUUCUAUUAUUUGUGUCCGAAAUAUGUAAUAAAAUUAAUUAUUAUUUGGAGGGGAAAUAAUUCUUUCGAUAGCUCGUGCUUCUUAUCUAUUAAAAAGUUUCGCAUCCUAUGUUUUGCAUAUUAUAUUUACAAUUGAAAAUUGUUUCUCCAUGAAGUUUUUAAUCUAUAAAGUAUCAUAUUAUAUCGUAAAAAUAAGCUUUACCCUUUUAGAUAUGUAUGGCCAUAUUUUACUAAAUAAAGUUAAUUGCAAGUACUAUGCGGUGCAGAGAGUUGGAUAAUAGCGUUUAUAUGUGCAGACAAAAAAACUUUACGUAAUUACAUAAAUUUUAGUGAAAUAUCAGCCUGCAUAUAGAACUGCUAAUAUAAACUUCUCUGUCUUGGUUUAUUUCUCUGAUUUCAUAGCUCUAUAAUCUUGUGUUGUCCCACUUUAAGGUAGUUAUU